AUAUCGAUAUAUCGAUAUAUUAUGUUGAUGUACCAGCAACAUCCCUAAACAGAAUUGUGAAAACAUAAAAUGUAAGAAAAAAACACAAAAAAAACCAAAAGGGACAAAAAUGGGGGCAACAAUGGUUAAAAAUGGAAAUUUAUUGGAUGCCUUGCCAUCACAGGGAACUCUACACGUAGUAAUGCUAGGCUUGGAUUCUGCUGGCAAAACAACAGCGCUUUAUAGACUUAAGUUUGAUCAGUAUUUAAACACAGUGCCCACAAUUGGAUUCAAUUGUGAAAAGGUGCAAGGUACAUUAGGAAAGGCAAAGGGUGUUCACUUUCUCGUUUGGGACGUGGGCGGACAAGAGAAACUACGUCCGCUGUGGCGAAGUUACACUCGAUGUACAGAUGGAAUUUUAUUCGUUGUCGAUUCCGUUGACACUGAACGUAUGGAAGAAGCCAAAAUGGAGUUAAUGCGUACAGCCAGAUGUCCAGAUAAUCAGGGUGUGCCCGUUCUUAUUUUAGCCAAUAAGCAAGAUCUACCAAACGCAUGCUGUCCCAAGGAACUUGAGAAGCUUUUAGGACUCCACGAGCUACAAAACCCAAUAUCAUCGAAUAUCUCAACUUCCAGCUUCACCUCAUCAACGGGAAACAUUGUCGGUCAUAGCAGUAGUACUACAGUCGGGCACAGUAACAGCGAUAAUAGCACAUGUUCAGCGAAACAAUUAAAAUCACCACAAAAUGCCCACGAGGAAUCUAGAAAUAAGGCUCCAAGUUUGCCAGUCUCAACAUCACCAGCAACAAUGCACAGCUCUCAAUUUACAUUAAACCACAACCCCUACAAAUUGAAUCCUUCCACAUCAAUGCAUCUGAAAGGCUGGUAUAUACAGCCCGCAUGUGCUAUAACUGGUGAGGGUCUUCAGGAAGGAUUGGAUGCUCUAUACGAUAUGAUCUUGAAACGUCGUAAAAUGAAUAAGUCACACAAAAAAAAUAAACGGUAAUAUUGUCUUUUAACACAAAAAUUUAGAAAUUAAAGUCUGCUUAGCACAAUUAACAAAAAUGUACAUGCACUACAAAUAAAUAUCGCCUAUGUACAAAUGUACGCAAUUAA